AUGGCUAACUAUCAAUUCUCUGAUCUUGGUAAGGUGUGGUUUGUUUAUAAAGAUCCUAUCAAGAUCCAGUUUUUGUUUGCGGAUGCUCAAUCAAUCACGGUUAAAGUCUCGCCUCCGGAAGCUCUUCCUUUCUUCUUCACGGCAGUUUAUGCUUCUAAUCUGUUAGAAGAACGUCAGCAGCUCUGGACCUCUUUAAGAGACACAUCAGUAUCUUUUGACCUGGCUUCCAGCCCUUGGAUGGUUUGUGGGGAUUUUAAUGAAAUUUUGGAUCCCAGAGAGACCUCUAAUUCUUCUAUUAUUACUUCCACCAGAGCCAUGAGGGAGUUUGGCUCGUGCUUAUCAGACAUCGGAGUGUUUGAUCUGUCGUCGCAGGGACCUAAGUAUACAUGGUCGAACCAUCGUCCUUCAGAUCCCAUUGGUAAAAAGAUUGAUAGAUGCCUGGUGAAUGAUCUGUGGCAACUGUCUUAUCCGAAGGGAUUUUGCUCCUUUGAACCUCCGGAGUUUUCAGAUCAUACGCCAUGUCAUAUUAGGCUUACCUCCACUAGGCCUUCUUUUGGGACCAGACCUUUUAUGUUUCCAAGUUAUUUGAUAAAGCUCCCCUCGUUUGUUCCUACUAUAAAAGAAUGUUGGCUUCAGAUAGGAGGACCUGCAGGAAAUCUCACUGUCUUAUGUUUUAAGCUUAAGCAGCUUAAAGCUCCCAUUAAGUCGCUUUGUAAGGAAAACUUCAGUCAGAUUGAGAGAAGAGUUCAGGAGGCAAAAUCGACUUUAGAUUCUCACCAACUGCAGGCGCUAAAUUUUCCGUCUGAAGAUAACUUAGCUAUGGAGAAAGAGUCUCGGGAAGCAUGGCUGUUUCUGCGUUUGGCAGAAGAAAUGUUCUUCCGUCAGCGCUCGAGAAUUAAAUGGUUGGAAGCAGGGGAUUUAAACACUCAGUUUUUUCACAGAAUUACCAUGGUCAGAAAUGCUCUUAAUGGGAUUACCUAUCUUCUGAGAGGUGAUGGUUCAAGAUCUCAGUCACUAAAAGAGGUUCAUCAGAUUGCAGCUGCUCAUUUUGCGGGAAUCUUAUGCACCCUAAGGGGCUCCUAUUGUAUGUUUCUUCCGGAAUAUAUGACAAGAGUUAUCUUAACGGUCUGUACUCCGGCUCAUCAGGAUCUUCUCUCUGCUCCUGUCACGGCUGCCUUGAUCAAAACGACGUUGUUCAAGCUCUCUCUUAAUCGUACCCCUAGACCUGAUGGUUUAACGGCUGAGUUCUUUAGAGCACUAUGA